CAGCUUAGUAAUAGUAAUCUGUGUUUCCAGUCAUUUCAGUAAGUUGCAAGCUGAUUGUGUGUUGCAUUAGUGUUAUUUUCAAAUGUUAUUACGAUUUUGUUUUCGUUUAAUUUGCUUCUUCUUUCUAAUAUUAAUUUAACCUUCAACAAGUGAAAAAUGUAUUGAAAGAGUCAGUGGUUGUUUUAAAGUGUGUAUGUGUUUAUAAUAAUUUCGACAUAAUAUGAAGGUGGACACACUUUGGAGGCGACGCACCGCUGUAAACGUCGCAGGCGGUGGUUACCUUUUGGUGUUCGUGUGGGCAUGGGUGUUGAGUUUGAGUCUCGGGGCCGAACCCCUGGGACCCUCGGACAGACCGGAGGCUUACUUCAACGGCAGCUCCUACAUCCACCUCUCGCGCCCCAUCUCACUUAAGCAGCUCGUAGGACUCAGUUUCCGCACAUGUGUUGGCGGUGAAUUGUUUUCACAACGGAUCGAGCGGUACACGCUACACGUGGUGGCGCUGUUCGAGCAGGUGGUGGUGUCGUGGGCGCUGGGCACGCAGUCCACGCGCGAUGUGGGCCUGCCGCUCGAGACGCUGGACAACCGCUGGCAUUGGGUGGCGCUGCGCUACCGGCCCAACCCGCCCGCGUUGCUGCUUGAAGUGGACAACCACACGCAGGUGAUAGCGAACGUGACGUGGAACCCGGAACUGUUGUCGGCGGGCGCGCUGGAGUCGGGCGGCGCCGUGGUGCUGGUGGGAAACCUGUUCAGCGGCUGCAUCCACGAGGGGCCGCAGCUGGAGUUCCACCCGCACUCCGUGCACGCGCACAACGUGCUGUUCGGGCACUGCCCGCUCACCACAGACGACUGUAAAGACAGAGUAGACGUAGUGAGGAUCCCGCCUAAAGACCAUUGCUACAACGAACCUUGCAUGCGACACGGGACUUGCAUAUCAAGACAUGACAGAUACGAAUGCCACUGCACGGCUCGGUAUACAGGCAAUAACUGCGAAGUAGAUGCCGGGGACCCCUGCCGCUCUGCCCCCUGCGCCCACGGGGGCUCCUGCCGCGAGACCCCGCGCGGAGACUACCGCUGCACCUGUCCACCCGCCUACCACGGGCCCCGCUGCGAGCUGGAAGUGUCGCUGGACCCGCAGUGCGUGGCGCAGCCGUGCCGCAACAACGGCAGCUGCAGCGUGCCGCCCGGCGCCGACCGCUACGUGUGCGUCUGCCCGCCAGGAUUCACCGGUCACGACUGCGAGAUAGAAGUGGAUGAAUGUGUGGUAGCGGGCCCCAACGCCUGUCUCAACGGCGGCCGCUGUAUCGACGCCCUAAACAACUACACGUGCGACUGUACUGACACAGGUUACACGGGUGCGAGAUGCGAGACGAACGUGAACGAGUGUUUGGAAUCGCGCGCUGUCUGCGGGCACGGCGUCUGCUACGACACGUACGGAGGAUUCGUGUGUGCCUGCCGACCCGGCUACACCGGCCCGCGCUGCGACACGUUGUCAGCGUGCGCGUCGGGCCCGUGCGGUCUGGGCGGCGCAUGCGUGGAGGAGGGCGACGGGGGCGGGUUUCGAUGCGUGUGCGCGCGCGGUUUCGUACCGCCCCUCUGCACCGCGCCGCCCUCCACUCAACCGCCCCCGCCCCCGCCCCCGCCCGGCCACUCCCCCGCCCCCCCCAGCAGCACCGAGCCGGCGCCUGAGAACGCGCCCGCGCCGCCUCCCGCCGCCUGCGCCGACCUCGCGUGCCCGCCUCGCAGCCACUGCGCUGCACACGCCCUGCCGCCAGGUAUGCCAUCCAUGGUAACCGGAGUAGCAAUCAAUAAACCGGUGACGUGCGUCUGUGAUCCCGGAUAUUAUGGCUUGCCCGGCGCUAUGGCGAACUGCACGAGCGCGGAGGCAGCGUGCGAGGCAGGCGUGUGCCUCAACGGGGGCACGUGUCGCCUCGUCGCCAGCGACCGCCUCGAAUGCCUCUGCGCGCCCGGCUACAAAGGGCCGUACUGCGAGAUAGGCGCGGGGCCCGCGGGGCCGGCGGGCACAGGGACGGGGGCAGGGGCGGCGCGGGGCCUGUCCGAACUGAAGGCCGAGCGGUGCGGGUCCUCGCCACCUCCCUGUCUACACGCGAAGGCCUGCCAUGAUCGUCCGGCCGGGUUCCGUUGCGAAUGCGAGGCGGGGUGGUCGGGGCUGCGCUGCGACGUGGCGUCGUCGGACGCAGACGAGGAGGGGCCCGAGACGGGGGCUCACGACACGGCCGGGGCGGGCACGUCGGUGACGGACGUGGAGUGCGGGUGCCUCAACGGCGGCGCGUGCCGGCCCGACGGCGCCUGCGACUGCCGGCCCGGGUAUGCCGGCGCGCACUGUGAGGCGCCGCUCGACUGCCGCGCCUCCUCGUGCCCCAUGUACCAGGAAUGCGUGGAGCAAGGCGGAUCGUGGCGGUGCGCAGGCGCCGGCGCCGAGUCUGCGUGUGCUUCCGCGCCCUGCCACAACGGCACCUGCCUCGCCCGCGACCACACCUACCACUGCCAGUGUCCGCCCGGCAUCACAGGAAGAUUAUGUGAGCAGGAUAUUGACGAAUGCCGAUUAAUGCCGAAGAUAUGCAAUAACGGAGUGUGCGUGAACGUGCCAGGCUCAUAUCAGUGCUACUGUCGUCCAGGGUAUACGGGCGACAGCUGCGAACAGGACAUAGACGAAUGCCUAUCUUCGCCGUGCAAGAACGGCGGCACAUGCCUGAAUCUAGAGAAUAACUAUGAAUGCACUUGCAUGGAGGGCUUCGAGGGCAAAGACUGUUCGGUGAACAUUGACGAGUGCUCGUCUGGGCCGUGCGCGGCAGGCUCCACGUGCGUUGACGGCGUGGCCAGCUACACGUGCGUGUGUCGCGACGGACUCACCGGCGCGCGCUGCGAGCAGGACAUCGACGACUGCGAGUCGGCCCCGUGCCUGCACGGCGGGCGCUGCCUAGAUCUGGUGAACGGUUACGAGUGCGAUUGUACCGGCACCGGGUACGGGGGCGCCGCCUGCGAGACCGACAUCGACGAGUGCGCCCCGCAGCCCUGCCGGCACGGCGGCACCUGCCUCGACGCGCUCAACGACUACCGCUGCUCCUGCCACCCCGGAUACACCGGCAAAAACUGCGAGACGGACAUCGAAGAAUGCGCCAGUUCCCCUUGCAAGUGGGGCGGCACCUGCCUGGAGCGUAGUAACGCCAGCCUGUACCGCGACGCCGACGCCGGCCCGCUGCAAGUGGGGCCGCAGCCCGCAAUGCUACUGCCCGAAUUCUUCUACAGACCUUUCUCCUACCAGAACGCGAGCGGAUUCGAGUGCGUGUGCGUGUCGGGCACGGAGGGGUCCCGCUGCGAGGUGAAUGUGGACGAGUGCGCGUCGUCGCCCUGCGGACACGGCACCUGCGUCGACGGCAUCGGCGCCUACGUCUGCGACUGCAGUCCGGGCUUCGAGGGGCAGCACUGCGAGCUGGAGAUCGACGAGUGCCAGAGAUACCAGCCAUGCGCCCACGGGCGGUGCUACGACGCGCGCGCGUCAUACUACUGCUCGUGCGCGGCCGGCUGGGGCGGGCGGAACUGCUCCGUGGUGCUGACGGGCUGCCGGCACCAGCCCUGCGCCAACCACGGCACCUGCCGCGCCUGGCUGCGCGGCGAGAGCGACCAGCGCUACAACUGCAGCUGCGCGCCCGGCUACUACGGGGACACGUGCCGCCAGAUAACGACCAUGUCUCUCGAGAAGGAUAGCUACGCGGAGGUGAACACUACUCGUGAAGAAGGCUACGACAUAUCGUUCCGUUUCAAGACGACGCUGGGCAGCGGUCUCCUGGCUAUGGGCCGUGGCUUCACUUACUUCUUUCUGGAGCUCAGCAACGGCCGCCUCAACCUGCACUCAAGCCUACUCAACAAGUGGGAGGGAGUCUUCAUCGGCUCCAACCUCAACGACAGCAACUGGCAGAAGGUGUUCGUGACGAUAAACUCGUCGCACCUGGUGCUGGCGGCGAACGAGGAGCAGACCAUCUACCCGAUCAGCCAGAACGAGGCGUACAACGGCUCCGUGACGUCAUUCGGCUCCACAAGGCUCGGCGCGCCGGGCUCCUCGUACGCGCCGCUCACGCACGGACCCAACUUCUUCGUAGGCUGCGUGCAGGAUGUCGUCGUCAACGGCCAGUGGGUUCUUCCCGAAGACGCGAACGAUACUACAGUGGAGGCGAACACGGAGGGCUCCGGGUCGGGGGAGGUGGGGGAGGGGGGAGUGUCGCAGGUGCUGCACGGGGUCACGGCGCUGUGCCCGCGCAGUCCCCAGUGCGACCCCAACCCCUGCCAGUCCGGGGGCGCCUGCGACGAUCGAUGGUCCUCCUUCAUGUGCGCCUGCCCGCGGCCGCACCUGGGCCACACCUGCCAGUACAACUACACGGCGGCUACAUUCGGGCACGAGUCAGCGAAGCCCCGCUCGGUAGUGAGCGUGGCGGUGUCCCCGGCGGCGAGGCGAGCCGUCCACGCGGCCCUGGACAUCUCCAUGUUUGUGAGGACUCGAAAGCCCACCGGACAGAUCUUCUACCUCGGCUCCUUGCCCAGGGAGGGAUCCGAACAGUCUCAAGUGAGCGCAUCGUUGCUGGGCGGCGAGCUGCUUGUGCACCUGCGGUUUAACCACACGCAUGAGAACUACACCGUGGGCGGCACCAGGCUCGACAAUGGAUACCUGCAUCUUAUCGAGGUGGUCCGUAACGCGACGCUGGUGCAGGUGAAGCUGAACGGCACGGAGUACUUCCGCAAGUCCAUCUCCGCCGCCAAGCAGCUCGACGCCGAGGUUCUGUACCUGGGCGGGCCACCCCCGCCCCCGCCCCCGGCCCCGGCCGCGGUGGAGGCGGGCGGCGCCGCCCCAGAGCCCGACGACGCCGCAUACUUCAAGGGCGUCAUACAGGACGUGCAGGUGUCGAACGGCGUGAACGUGACGAUAGUGGAGUUCUUCCCUCUGCAAGUCCCGGGGUUAUCGUUGCCGCCGCCCUUCGGACAGGUGCGCCUCGACCCGUCGGGCGUGGUGCCGGGCGUGGUCUCGGAUGACGCGUGUGCCUCGAGGCCGUGCCUCCACGAGGCGGCGUGCAAGACCACGUGGAAUGACUACACGUGCGCCUGCCCCCGAGGCUACAAGGGCAAGCAGUGCGCCGAGGUCGAGUUCUGCCAGCUGCAGGGGUGCCCGCUCAACUCGCACUGCCGGAAUCUUGACGCGGGUUACGAGUGCGUGUCUAACGCGACAUUCGACGGCGUGAACACCACCCUCGCGUACAGCCUGCGGGUGCCGCGCGGCCCCGCCCCCGCGCCCGCCCCGCCCCCCGCCCCGCCCACUACACUCACCAUCACCUACAGGACGAAAGUUGGCGGUACGCUGUUUCACGCGGUGCUGACAGAGGAGGACGGGUCGGAGUCGUGGUUCGGCGUGAGCGUGGUUGGGGCCCAAGUAGCCGUGCACUGGAAGCUGGGCCCCGCGCUGCCCCGCGUGCGCCGCCUGCCCGCGCCCCGCCCCCUGCGCUGGACCGAGCUGCGCCUGCGCGUGCAGCGCGCCACCAUCACAGCGUCGUUCCUGGAAGGCGAGGGUCACGAGGAGCCGGGCAUGCAGUCCCCCAUCGACGUGGCGGCGUGGCAGCGAGUCCUUCUCCACGGGCAGCUGUUCCUGGGCGGCAAGGGGCCCCGCCCUACGGCCCCGCCCACAACGUCCGCCCCAACGCAAUCACCCGCCUCUGACUCCACUUCCACCACGAUGCCGUAUACGACGUCUGCACAGUUCGAUAACUCCACUGACAUGUCCAUGUGGGAGUACUCGGAGGGAGAUGAGUUCGCGACGGAGAACUCUGCCGGACUCUACUUCAAGGGCUGCAUCGGCGCGGUGCACGUGGGGUCGCUGCUGCUGCCCUUCUUCACGGAGGAGCAGCUGUUUGUUGGCGCCGCCGCUGCCCUGCUGGCCUCGCAGCCGCACUACGCGCUACUAGCUGGUCGUCCAUGGGGUGCUGCGGAGAACGUCGGCUGCGUGCUGUGCCUGGAGAGCGACUGCCAGCGGGGCGGGCGCUGCGCCGACGUGCGGAACCUGUACUCCUGCGCCUGCCCCGCCGGGCUGGCGGGCGACUACUGCCAGAUCGACAUCGACGAGUGCGCGGAGCACCAGUGCCAGAACGGCGCCACAUGCAAGGAUGGCAUCGCCUCCUACACCUGCAUCUGUCCCGAGGGUUACGAGGGAGAUAUGUGCGAGACGGACAUCGACGAGUGCGCGAGCGGCCCGUGCGGCAACGGCGGCACGUGCGUCGACGCGCGCGGCGCCUACACCUGCGUGUGCGCGGCCGGCUGGACCGGGGCGCGCUGUAUGCGGCCCGCGCGCGCGGCCUGCGCGCAGCGGCCCUGCCCCGACACCCGGGCCACUUGCCGGGACGUGGCGCCAGAUCCGCCGACGGGCAACAACUAUACGUGCGACUGCAUAGAAGGCUUCGAAGGCGUGCACUGCGAGACCGCCUUCUGCGAGACAACGCCCUGCGUGCACGGCGAGUGUCUCACCGACGGAGAUCAGGCGCGCUGCUCGUGCUCGGAGGGCUACAGCGGGAGACUAUGCGACGAGGAGCUGGACGCGUGCGCCGCGCCCUCGGCCUGUCUGCACCGGGGCCGGUGCGUGCCCACGCCUCCGGGGCAUCGCUGCGAGUGUCGAGGGACAGGUCUGUACAUAGUGCUCGGAGGGCUACAGCGGGAGACUAUGCGACGAGGAGCUGGACGCGUGCGCCGCGCCCUCGGCCUGUCUGCACCGGGGCCGGUGCGUGCCCACGCCUCCGGGGCAUCGCUGCGAGUGUCGAGGGACAGGCUGGACGGGCUCGCACUGCGAGGUGGAUGUGGACGAGUGCGCGGCCGGCCUGGUGAGCUGCGGGCCCGGCGAGUGUGUCAACCUCGACGGAUCAUACAAAUGCGUAUGCGCGGCCGGGUUCUGCGGCCUAGAGUGCGCAGUGCGGGACCCGUGCUUCGAUCCCGCGCCCGUCUCAGAAGACUCGGGCUCGGGCUCGGAGGCGGGGCCGGGCCAAGGGGCCGCCAACGGGACCCUGGGGCCCUGCCAGCAUGGGGGCACCUGCGAGCAGCGCUGCACUACCGACUCGGCUUAUAUCUGUCAUUGUAUCGACGGGUGGGGCGGACAGAAUUGCACGCAACAGGCGGUGUCAGCGCAGGCGGGCGGGGGCGCGUCGACGUCGUCGGUGCUGAUCGGCGUGGGCGCCGCCCUCGUGGCCCUCGCCUGUGGGGGCGCCGCCCUCGCCGCCCUCGCCGCCCAGGCGCGCCGCAAGCGGGCCACGCGCGGCACCUACUCGCCCAGCGGACAGGAGUACUGCAACCCGCGCGCCAACCUGAACCCCGCGCUCAAACCGCCCCCCGAGGAGCGUCUCAUAUAACCUGCCCUCGCCGCCCUCGCCUGUGGGGGCGCCGCCCUCGCCGCCCUCGCCGCCCAGGCGCGCCGCAAGCGGGCCACGCGCGGCAUAUGACCCCCCAACAUAACACAAACCACGGAAACUCGAGACCAGACGAUCGCCCGAAGAGUGCUCCUCUACCUCGGAUUUCGGUGAUCCGAGAGUGA